UAUUGUUUAAAUUUAGAUAUCUUUUCUCCCAAUCUGAUCUGAUGGUGAAAAGGUGAACCUGAUCUGACGGUCUUGAUCAAGUGCUAAAAUUUACACAGAAAGAAGUAAAGAGAAGAGUCUAGUUAUGGCUUACUCUUCUCCCAAUCUUUCUUCAAUUCCACACCUUCCUUCUUUCACUCUAAAACCUUCCCCGCCUCACUCAAGCUCAAGGUUGGUUUCAGCUCAGAUAAGAUCUAGUUUGGAGAAUGAGAGCUGUACUGCUGGAGUUUCAAAUGAUUCAUUAGAACCUGCUAAGAAGAAGGCAGGUGAGUUGCCAACAUCGCGGCGUAUGUGUCUUACAUGCUUAUGUUCAAGCCUGGCUUUAAUCAGUAGUUCUAGCAGCUCUGCUUCUGCAGUAUCAGCAAUGGCUAUGGAUGGGAAUGAAAGGGCUGUAUGCCGGAAUUGUUCAGGGAGUGGUGCUGUACUUUGUGAUAUGUGUGGUGGUACAGGAAAAUGGAAAGCUCUCAACAGGAAACGUGCUAAGGAUGUUUACGAGUUUACUGAAUGUCCAAACUGUUACGGUCGGGGGAAACUGGUGUGUCCUGUUUGUUUAGGUACCGGUUUACCGAAUAACAAAGGUCUUCUAAGGAGGCCUGAUGCACAGAAAUUGCUUGACAAAAUGUACAACGGUCGACUUUUGCCAAGUUCAUAGACCCGUCAUGCCCCUUGGACCUAGAUGUUAUUGUCAUUGGCAUCAUGGUAAUUUAGUUUACAAAACUUAUCGGUUACUUUAGUGAAACUUGGAAAAUAUUUCCCGACCUAAAUACUAUAAUCUGGUUUGUUUUGACAAUACAAUUUUGAUCUUUGUAAGCAACUUAUUGGCAUUUUGUUUAAUAUGGAGAGGACAAUAGACCACAUUGUUAGAUUCUAUUUCUUCCUUUUGUUGUAAUUUAAAUGUAAUUGUUCAGUUCAUAGCUAGCGAAGUUGCUAAGCAUGAUCAAGUAAUAGAUCAAAACAUGAAGCAGAGUUGAAAAUGAAAAGAAA